GGCACGCAGCAGCGAGUGGAGGAGGCGGAGGCGGGGGGAGGGAGGGUCACGUGUGUACACACCGCAGGGCUCAGCGGCACUCCGGCAGUAGUAAAGCGGGUAACGGACGGCCCCCUUUCAGCAGAACGAGCCUUCGAGAUGAAGUCGGCGAAGCUUCUUCUGUGAGGAGCCGAAGCGAAGUUUUUAUUUCUUUUUUUGGGGGGGGGGCGGUGCGCGUGGAAUGAAAGGACGGAGAAAUGCUCACGUUUACGUCCGGACCCGAUGCCGCCGUGGGUUUGUCACCGAGCCGCAACUUUACGCUUCUGGGGACCCGCUGACGGCGCUGACCUGUGACAGGGCCCAGCGAUGUGGCUCUGCGCCAUGCACAAUGAGACCGACUCCAGCGUGGACCUCCGCCUCUGCCAGGACUUCGGCCUCAUCCUGUCGGUCUUCUCCCUCGUCUACCUCCUGGUGUGCUUCCCCUUGGGGCUGUGCUACAACGUGCUGCUGGUCGUGGUCAACCUCUCCAACAAGGUGUCCAUGACCAUGCCGGAUGUUUAUUUCGUCAACAUGGCCGUGGCGGGCCUGGUGCUCAACCUGGUGGCGCCCGCCGAGCUGCUGAGCUCCGCCUUCACCCGCUGGCACGCGUGGGAGUACAGCAACGAGGUGUACAUCACCAUGCUCAUCCUCUUCAACAUCUCCUCCCUGGUCAUCAUGUAUUCCACCACGCUGCUCAGUCUGGACUACUACAUCGAGCGGGCGCUGCCGCGCACCUACAUGUCCAGCGUGUACAACACCAAGCACGUCUGCGGCUUCAUCUGGGGCGGCGCCGUGCUCACCAGCUUCUCCUCGCUGCUCUUCUACGUGUGCAACCACAUCUCCACCAAGAUGGUGGAGUGCUCCAAGAUGCAGAACAAGGAGGCGGCGGACGCCAUCAUGAUGUUCAUCGGCUACGUGGUUCCGGCCGUGGCCGUCCUUUACGCCUUUGUGCUCAUCCUGCGCAUCAGGAAGGAGUCCACGCCUCUGGACCAGGACUCGGCCCGCUUGGACCCGUCCAUCCACCGGCUGCUGCUGGCCUCGGUCUGUGUGCAGUUUGUGCUGUGGACCCCGUACUACUUGACCCUGCUGGUGCACACCGUCGCGCCGGGCUACGUGGGCGACGCCCUCUACUUCCUGAGGUGUCUGUCCAAGCUGCUGGCCUUCUCCAGCAGCUUCGCGAUGCCCCUGAUGUACAGGCGCAUGAACAAGAACUUCUCCAGCAAGCUGCAGCGGCUGCUCCGCCGGCUGCACUGCAGGGAGCAGUCCUGCCCCCAUGAACGCUCGACAGUGCAGCAAGUGGUGACGUGAGACCUCCCCCCCCCCCCCCCCCCCUCCUCCUCCUCUGCAUCACCUCUUUGAGUUGACAGAUGCCCUCCCCCCCCGCGCCUCCCAUUUUUAACCUCUCGGCACUUAUCUGCGGAGCCCCGGCUGGGCUCCCUCGCUGCUCUGGACUGCGUUAGGAGCGACGUAUCUAAAACUGUGGAAUUUCCUGUCACCUUCCGGGACUUGUUUUCCGAUCCAUCAAAGUUCCGCCAGAGAAAACCACUAAGUGCUGUUGUUUGUUUGGUUUGGGGUUGGGGUUUUUUUUUUUGUCGCCGAGCGAAGCUCUCCACUGAGACGCUUAAGUCGGCACAAUGAGCAGAUAACAGACACUAAUGAAAUCUCCCGUGAGCGGGGGGGGGGCUCCGGAGCACUGUGACACGGCGGCGCGUGCGGCUCCCUCACGGUGCGCAGUUUGACCUCCGCGUGACCGCCCCAAAUGUCACCGUCGAGCCACUUCGAUGCGUACACCCCCCUUCCAAAGAAAACGAGGCACGAUGUUUUUCUCCAAAGUUAUUUAGCUCAAGAAAAAACCCGCCACAGUCAAAUGAGCUCACUUUGCAUGCGUCAACGUUUUGGUUUUGAGUGUUUUGCCGCCCUCGUGCAGGAGGCCUUGAAACACUUAAGACACUUAGACGUUUUGAACAUGAUUCCACAUUAUCAGAGGAAAAGGGGAUGGUCUCUGCAUUUCAAAAGUCCUCCUCUUGCUUGACACCAGUACCAAACCUGGCCACUGGUACCAAGAGGUGCCCUCACCUCAAUGAAUGAAUAUUAAGCUCCUCCACGAAUAUGAUAGAAUAAUUAAAUAUCUUAGCAUGGCAGUGAAGUCCCGCAGUGCAGAGACAGGAAAUGCUCAGACGAAGCUGGCGUUCAGAGGUGAGGCGUCGCCGCUGCACUCUGAAAUCACAUCCCCAGCAUUGACGGGGAGCCCCUCGGUGUCCCCAGACAGGGCCCCGAAGGGGGGGCGGCACGUGCAUUCCCUGCAUUCGUUGAGCGGUUGGAAGGUUUUGUGCAGUAGAAACAUGAAGCCCCACUGGGUGACUCGCCCGUCGACAGCACGCUGGAUGCUAAUCCGCACAUUCAGCGACGGGGGAGGCGGCUUUGCUUUGCUUUCUCGCCUGCCUCUUAGUGAAAAGUGAACCCACUAGUAGUGAUGGACCCCAGAAGUGAAAUGUAAAGAAACGCGUACCUUUUGCAUGAGUGCCACUGCAUCACUGCUUUUAGCUUUUCUUUUUUUUCUUCCAUAUUUACUUUGUGAAUCUAAGGGCCAGUUUUUGGAUCAUCCUGUGAGUCAUUAAUGAAUUUAUGAAGAGUGCCCACAUGUUUGUGUACUUUUAAUUCACACCUAUUAGAUGAAUAGCAAAGCUAGAAGUCUUGAGCUUUUAAAAUGUGCAUCUUUCCAGAUGUAAUGCCACAGAUGUUGCGGAUUUUAAGUUAUUACGAUUUUAACAAUAAAUCACUUAUUCUGUUAUUUUCAUAAACGUGGGGAUAUUUUGAUCUACAUUUGAGGUCUGAAACAGUGUUUUAUUUUUGCUGCCCAGCCCCACCCUCGUUAUGUGUAUCUGCAAUCAAUCAGUUAGAAAUACUGUUUAUUUUCAGCUGAGCCUGUGUGUUUACAUGAUCUGCUACAGAAUGAGCUGUUUCAGAAAGAGAAAAAGCAUGUACGGAUCAGGAUACAGUUAAUCAUUUUCUGAACCCGGUUCAAAGUCCCAAAGAUUACUGUUCAUUCAAACAUCAGAGCACAUGGGCAGACGACAGGAGGGAGUUUAAGCAGCUUUGAGCAUCCAUUUUCUAAAAAGUGAAGAGAUGGUGCUACGAAAAGACACCAACUUUUAUCCAAUCAACAAUGACACUUAAUUAUAUUCACGAUAAAUUGAGUACUUCCCAGUUUUCUCUUUAAAUUAAAUUGCUAGACAUGUAUUUUGUGAAGAGACAUCUCAGCUAGGAGGCAUCACAAAGGCUCACUUAAAUAACUGAAACUCACACGAAGCCCAGGCGUGUGAAAGAAACCUCUCUUUGUGCAGAUGCAUUUCAGCUAUUUGAAACAGAAAAACCUCAGACGUCCACAUGAAACCACUCGGAUGCUUUUUGUUGUGUGCACUUGUACGUGUGUGAUGCAACGCAAUGUGUAUAUAUUGUAUGUUUGAGAUUUACAAGAGGAUACCAUACUCUUUCUAAAACACAGUAUUAUUUUCUGAGAGAUAUAUUUAGAUGCUGUAAGUAAUCUACUCUUUUGUCGACUGAGUCAAAGACUGAUUAAAACCAUAAACUAACAA